UGCGCCCUCAGGAUCAAGCGGUGCCGGGAUUACUACGAGAUCCUGGGGGUGAGCCGGGACGCCGGCGAGGAGGAGCUGAAGCGGGCGUACCGCAAGCUGGCCCUCAAGUUCCACCCCGACAAGAACCGCGCGCCCGGAGCCACCGAGGCCUUCAAAGCAAUAGGCAAUGCUUUUGCAGUUCUGAGCAACCCUGAGAAACGGCUCCGCUACGAUGAACUCGGGAGCGACCACGAGCACGCCAGCACUGGCCAGGCCAGGCACUACAGUUACUACACAGAAUUCGAAGCAGACAUCACACCAGAAGAAAUAUUCAAUGUGUUUUUUGGUGGGCACUUCCCUACAGGGAAUAUUCACAUGUUCUCCAACGUAGGCAGAGAUGCUCACUAUUACCCACGGAGGCACCGGGCCGAGAGGGCGUGGACACAGGAGCCAGAGGAGGAGGAGCACAGGCCACAGAAUUCAUACUCUGCAUUUAUCCAGCUGAUGCCAGUUUUCAUCAUCAUAAUAGUGUCAGUUAUAACCCAGCUGAUGGCCACCAACCCACCCUACAGCUUAUUCUACAAAUCGUCCAUAGGCCACGUUGUCAGCAGAGAAACAGAGAACUUGCAGGUGCCUUAUUAUGUUGAUAAAAACUUUGAAAAGAAUUAUCAAGGAGCAGAACUUCAAGAGCUUGAGAAAACAGUUGAGAAAGAUUACAUAGACUAUAUUCAGACCAGCUGCUGGAAGGAGAAACAGCAAAAGUCUGAUUUGUCAAAUUUGGCCAAGCUCUACAGAGAUGAGCGGUUAAAACAGAAAGCAGAGUCCCUGAAACUUGAGCACUGUGAGAAGCUCUCCAGUCUGAUUGGGAUGCACAAAGGGGGCUGACCAGGAUGCACACGUCCCAUACUUUUAUUUAUUGCUGUUUUAACUUUUGUUUUUAUUUUCCUUCAUGUGAAAAGGGAAGGAGUCUGUUGUAAAGAGUCUGGAUAUUGGAGUCCCUCUGCAGGCGGUGCAGAGAGGGCCCAGCAGGAGCUGCAGCGCUGCUGUUUGCUGUAAUAUAUUCUGUACAUUAGAUUUGGUUCCAAGGA